GUUCGGAUAAAGCUUUGAAAUACGCAACUUUGAAGCUCUAGGUAUUAACAGGAUACGAACAGAAGUUUGGCAGCGAUUUAGUAGCAGUUACUCCUUCGUCAAAUAAACAGCAAGUUGUUGGUGAGCGCAUACCUAGUAUAACGCCACCAUUAACAUCGGGUGUGGGCGCAGCACCAAUUUGCCUUCAUAGAAAAAGUGCAAAAAACGUGUCAAGUCGUUGCAACCCAACAACGGCUCACUUGUUAGUCAUAACACUUGGCAGCGUGCGGUGUGGCGUAUAUGUAACACAAUAAACCUACAGAUAUAAUUGGCGCGCAAACUUGGAGCCUAUAGCACCGCAGUACGCACAUCUUUCCAUUGUAGGACAUUGAAAAUGGCUUGCCCCUUUUUUCGUCGCAACGACUCGUUCUCGCGUCAGCCAUCGGUUUGUGCAGAGACGAGCAACAACACUUGGCAAUUGGAGGAUGAAGAGCAGCCGGGAGAUGCGUUGACACUGACACAUUUGCAAAUGGCCAUACAGCUGCUCACAGCGCCAUCGAAUUCUGAUCUGAAUACCGCUGUUACAUCGCUUAUUGCCAAGUACAGUCAAAGUUGGCCGAAGAUUUCCAAAUUACGCAUUGAUUUGGACACACUGAAAAGUAUACCGAAUUAUGAUUACUUGGCCGAUAUACAGGAUAUACUGCUGGAAAUGGACGAAUCGAGUGCUAGCGAAAUUCUUGUUUUGCUCGGCGAGGAAUUGAUCACUUCGUGCUGCACUGGCAUUAUUGAGCGCGCUUUUCGUUGCCUCGGCACUGAUUUGCAAGAGUUUCUUGGCUCAUUAGAUGGCGUCUAUGAUGUACUAAAGCUGCAGGAGGAAGACGUCACCGACACCGGUUUCGUGUGCGCAGGCGAUGGUGAGCUAAUAUUCACCUCUGAACGUCCUGUAAUCGCUUGGCUGCUACUCGGUUCAUUGAAGGCUUUAACACGAAUGCUAUACAAUGUGCAGGUCAAUAUAAAAAUUGAACCGGUCGAAGGUGAUUCGCGUCGCUAUCGCUAUUUAUUCUCGCUGGUUAAGGAGUAUACUGGUUCAGCGGUACCGUUGCAACGCAGUAGCGUCGAGGUGGUUAAACCAACAGCUUUGCUAGCACAAAGGAAUAACUCGAGCAAAGUUGCCGAUUUAGCGAUGAAUUCGCAUACCUUUUGCAAGGCAUUCCCUUGGCAUUUCAUAAUGAAUGAGAAACUGGAAUUGCUGCAAAUGGGUCGCGGUUUUAGCAAGCUAUACAAGCUACAUAUGGCCGAACACGGAUGUGAGGCGACCACUUAUUUUGACUUUAAGCGACCCAAAGGUUUGACCAUGAAAUUUCGCGAUAUCGCACGUCGUACAUACACACCAUUUUUGAUUGGUUUGAAGAGUCCACCAAACAUCAGUGAGUUUCCAGCUAAGGGUCUAGAGAUCAAAGGGCAAAUGGUACAUUGUCCGGAAUCGAAUUCGUUACUCUUCAUGGGCUCACCGUUUCUCGAUGGUUUGGAUGGUCUCACUUGCAAUGGACUUUUCAUAUCGGAUAUUCCACUACAUGAUGCUACGCGCGAAGUAAUUUUGGUUGGCGAACAAGCACGUGCUCAAGAUGGUUUGCGCCGUCGCAUGGACAAGUUGAAAAGCUCAAUCGAAGAGGCAAAUGCUGCUGUCGCUAAAGAGCGUAAAAAGAAUGUCAGUUUAUUACAUCUAAUAUUUCCAGCUGAGAUAGCUGAACGCUUGUGGUUGGGUGCCAGUAUCGACGCCAAAACCUAUCCGGAUGUAACAAUACUGUUUAGUGACAUUGUUGGUUUUACCAGUAUUUGUUCGCGUGCUACACCUUUCAUGGUCAUCAGUAUGCUCGAGAGUUUGUAUAAAGAUUUCGAUGAAUUCUGCGAUCUCUUCGACGUGUACAAAGUGGAGACAAUUGGCGAUGCUUAUUGCGUGGCUAGUGGUUUGCACCGAGCUUCGAUCUAUGAUGCCCACAAGGUAGCAUGGAUGGCAUUGAAGAUGAUCGUAGCUUGUGCCAAGCACAUAACCCAUGAUGAUCAGGAAAUCCAAAUGCGCAUUGGGCUACACACCGGCACUGUUUUGGCUGGCGUUGUUGGUCGUAAAAUGCCACGCUAUUGCCUUUUCGGACAUAAUGUUACUAUAGCCAAUAAGUUUGAGUCCGGCAGUGAGGCUUGCAAAAUAAAUGUGAGUCCAACAACUAAAGAUUGGCUGGUUAAAUAUCCCGGUUUCGAAUUUGACUUAAAAGCACGAGAUCCUUCCUGCUUGCCCAAAGAGUUCCCGGAUACAAGCGGUGACAAAACCUGCUACUUCCUUGAAGGUUAUCGUCAUCCAACAUUGAGCGCACAUUUGCCCCUCGUGGAGCACAUUAGUGAGGCGCUGAAGUCCAUUUCAGAGCAAUAAGCCAAAAAAACAAAAAGAGUCAAAAAGAGAUGCAAUCUUUAUGAUAAUGUACGAUAUUAUAUCCCAUAAAAACACAAAGCUGGCGACAAAUAAAAUGAAGCAUAAGUGAUUGAGGCACGCAACAUAGUUAACUGUCGACACAAUGCCGCACCCUCUAAGCAAAAACCGAAACUUUCAGUGUUAAAUUUAUUGUUGUUUGUUCAUAAAUAUCGCCGAUAAAUGCACAAUCUAUUUUGAGCUGUUAAAAGAGCAAAUCAAAAACUCAAUAAAGCAUACGUGGCCAAAGCCCAGAUAACAAGUACCAUAUAGAA